AUGGAUCCCUAUAAUACCGAUGAAGAUUGUGUCAACAAAUGCAAUUUGAAUGGUUCUCCUGUAUUGGAUAGGAUGUCAAAUGAUUUAAAUCACACCAAAAAUAUUGAUGACAUAGCUACGCCUUCUGAACUAAACUUCGAUCAAGAGUUUGACUAUGAAGAACCUGAAAUAACAGAGAAAAAGAAAGAAAUAGAGCAAUGUCUUAAAAAUCCAGACAUUGUUAAUGUGGACAAAUGGCAAAGUUUUGCAAGAAGCAAGGCAGGCUUAAUUUCAGAUGAAUAUAGAAAAGUAAUAUGGCCAUUAUUGGUUGGUGUUACCCUAGAAGAGUUGACUGAUCCACCUUCAUUAGAUGAGCUUUCAACGCAUCCUGAAUACAAUCAGGUAGUGCUAGAUGUGAAUCGUUCAUUAAAAAGAUUUCCUCCUGGUAUUCCAUAUGAGCAGAGAGUGGCUUUACAGGACCAGCUCACUGUACUCAUACUCCGAGUAAUCAUCAAGUACCCACACUUGAAAUAUUAUCAGGGUUAUCACGAUGUAGCGAUCACUCUUUUGCUAGUUUGCGGUGACAGGGCGUCAUUUCCACUGCUAUGUCGUCUGUCAUAUGGUCCAACGGCUCCUCUAGCUCCUUUCAUGCAGCUUACAAUGCAACCGACGCAACAUUUACUAAACUACAUGCUCCCAGUUGUACGGCGAGCUGAUGAUCGCCUUGCAGAAUGUUUGGACAAAUCUGGUGUUGGAACAAUGUUUGCACUGCCCUGGUACCUUACUUGGUUUGGGCACAGUCUUAACCGCUACAGCGAUGUAGUUCGUUUGUACGACUAUUUUUUGUGCGCCCCACCGUUGUUUCCUGUAUAUGUGACUGCGGCUAUUGUAUUACAUCGCGCACCACAAGUGUUUUCCUGUGAUGCUGAUAUGGCUAUGAUGCACUGUCUGCUAUCGAGGUUACCAGAUGACUUACCAUUUGAAGACAUACUGGUUGUCGCUCAGAAGCUAUAUGAAGAAAACGACCCUACAGAUCUGGAACCAGAAGUAGCUGCUCUCGAGAGGAGAGAGGAGGAACAACGAAAGUUAGAAGAGGAGCGAAUGCGUCGGCGUCGUGCUGGUCGUGUGGUUCCACGCGCUCCUCUGUCUUCUCGCCUCGCUCGAUACCUCCCUGCCCCCCUACGACGGGCUGCACCGCGCCGCACUAUUCUGGCAAUCACUGCUGCUCUAUUAGCAGUCUAUGUUUACUACAGACCGGAUAUAUUCAGGAUGCAUCCUAAUGAAGAUAAGUGA